AUGGCGCCUCAACACCAGAGCAUUGAGCUCGAAAGAAUGGGCCAACACAAUCAAGAAUCUUCUCCUGACUCCACCAUCGAAGGGCAAGAGACAGCCACUGAGAUUGAACAGGCAUCGCUGCCUCAGGCUGACAGAGGCAAACAAGCAUGGCUGGUCUUGGCUGGAUGCUCACUGAUACAAAUUCCUGUGUGGGGCUAUUCUCUCGCCUUUGGUGUGUUCCAAGAAUAUUACGGCAGCCACCCAGACGAGAUUGAUGGCGACAUAGGCAAAAUAGCUGUGAUUGGCACUACGAUGACUGGUAUCAUGUACCUGAUCUCGCCUUUCACCUUCACAAUCUUGAGCCGAUGGCCCCGUUUGCGCCGCUGGUUCGGUCCCCUCGGGCUAAUCUUAUCAGCCGCUGGAUUUCUCAUGUCCUCUUUCGCAACCAAAGUGUGGCAAUUAAUUGCAACGCAGGGUGUGGUUUGCGCUCUGGGCUGUGGGCUUAUGUUCACUCCCACAACCCUCUAUCUCGAUGAGUGGUUCAUCAAGCGAAAGGGACUGGCUUACGGUGUCAUGUGGGCCGGGAAGUCCGCGGCUGGUGUUGGAGUCCCCUUCGCUAUGGAAACGCUAUUGCAGAGAUUCGGACCUGUGACCACACUUCGAGCAUGGAGUGUUGCAACGGUCCUUUUAUCAGCCCCCCUAAUCUACUUCCUCAAACCCCGUAUCCCUCUCUCUCAGUCUACCGGCAUCCGUCGAAUCAGCCUUAACUUCCUUUACUUUCCCUCCUUCUGGAUGCUCCAAACAGGCAACAUUCUGCAAUCUCUCGGCUACUUCCUGCCGUACACCUACUUGACCACCUACGCCGUUCAGCAACUCCACGUCUCUACCACCAUCGCCACCGCUCUUCUUGUCUUGAUCAACGUCACUUCUAUCCCCGGCGGCAUCAUCAUGGGCAGUCUUGGCGACCACCUACGCGUUACGACAGUGAUUCUAAUCUCCACGAUCGGCUCUGCGUUGGCUGUGUUUCUGUUCUGGGGCUUCUCGAGCCAGGCAGCACUACUAGCUGCCUUCAGCAUCACGUACGGCUUCUUCGCUGGCGGUUUCAGCUCCACGUGGUCCGGUGUGCUUUCGGAGCUGAAGGCUCAGAGCCCGGCGCUGGAUACUGGGUUCAUCUUUGUGGACCGCUAA